UAUUUUAAAAUGUCACAUAUUUGGACCACAGCCUGCAUGCCACCUACGCCCGCCUACGCUGGGCGGACUCCGCUUGGACCAACCCCCACGAGCGCGUAUAUAAGCGUCAACCCUCCACUGCUGAGGCCACUCUAGUCUCACCUGCGCGUCACUCGCGCUGUGUCCAGACGUGCUUAGUGAUUACGACAAACUAAGACAACAUGAGCAUCCCCAUGCAACUCCUCCUGGUAGUCGCCGCCUUCUGCGUCCUGUCCGACGGCGCGCCGGACGCACGCAUAGCCCGCGCCAAGCAGCAGCGCCCCACCAGGGGCUUCAAGAACCUCGAGAUGAUGACAGCGAGGGGCUUCGGGAAACGCGGCAGGGUUUCCACUAGGAGUGAACGUGAGUUAUUUGUUUCGCUGUCUCGCCUGCGCUUUAACCCCAAGAACUUGAUGAUGGUGGCUCGGAGCUUCGGCAAACGGAGUGAUGAGACCGCUGAUGAAGAAGAAGAAAAGAGACCAAGAAGAACGGAUUUCAAGCCCGAUAACAAAGUUAACGUAGCCGUCGGGUACGGCAAACGAAAAAUGCCGAACAAGCGAGUGUACGGUUUGGACAACUUCUGGGAGACGCUGGCCGCGCCGGAGAGGGAAGGGCAGGAGAUGGAAGACGACAAGCUCGAAAGCAUCCCAUUGGACUGGUUCGUGAACGAGAUUGUGAACAACCCGGACUUCGCGCGAUCCGUGGUCCGCAAAUUCGUAGACAUCAACCAGGACGGCAUGCUAUCAUCGGACGAACUCCUCAGGAACGUGUAAACGACUCUUAAGUUAUUUGUUGUAGACUUUCGGAUUGUUUCCCGUUAUAUACAUUUGUACCAACACUGUCAAGUUGAUUUGAAAAAUAGUACUUAAUUAAAAUGUUACUAUAGGUACUGUGAUAUCAAAUAAAACUAAAUAAUUUUGAAAAAAAAAGUGGUAAUUAUGUUUUUGUACUCUGCUAUUGUAUAGUUUGUUUAAAAUUGGAGUAAUAUAUAUCUACAAUGUUUUAUCAUUAUUGUAAAUAGUUUCUAAAUUAAUACAAUGUCAAUGGCAUAAGAAUUUGUCCAAAAAGUAAUUCCUUAUAUCUAUGUAGGAAAGUGUAGUCCUAUAUGAAUGUGUGUCUUCAAAUUUAGUCACAAAUCUAUACUGAAAAUAUAUAUUUAAAAUUUCGAGAUUUUCAAUGUGCGUCACCCUAGUGCGACCUCUGUACUUUUGAUGUUAUAUUUCCUUUUUAUGCACUUGUUUGUGUCUAAGGUUGAGACAAUAUGUAGGUGCUGUUCCAAUAAAAUAAAUAUAAAAAAUAACUGUUUACCACAACACAUUUGUUUUAUAUUAGUUGUAUCUACCUAAGUUUGGUUGCUAAAUUGCUGGCCCAAUAUUACAGGGCUCUGUUUCACUUUUAUCGAACUGAAAUUUGAACUUUGUCAUAGUGACAUUUAAGUCGCAUUUCAACUAUCUAGAAAAUGUAACAUAGAACCCUGUAAUAUUGGGCCAGGGAAAUGGUAAUUUUGUUUUAGCUAUGUUAACGUUUUAAACAUUAGACAUGUAGUUUCAAUUUAUAAAACUAAAUCGGGACUUGUUCGCGUACGUUUUUUAUUUUUUUAUGUCACGUUCGAAACGUCAGGCUAAAGAAAAAACGUAAGU